UUCCGCAUUAGGUGGAAAUGUGUGAAAAUGUCAUCGCUAAUUCGUUUAUUUCUUGUUACUUACUUCCUCCUACUCACUUUAUAUUUCGGAUCUUGUUCUCCUGCCUCCUUCAAAGAGAUAACUGAACCCAAGUUCCACCCAGAUGUAGGAUUGAAUAUUUCUCAAUUAUUGAAACGCCAUGGCUAUCCCUUCGAGGCAUACACGGUGGUCACUGAAGAUGGUUAUAUGUUGGGAUUACACAGGAUUCCGUUCGGAGUCCACAAUAAAAGUACAGAGUCUGGAAAACCUGUAGCUCUCCUUGUACACGGACUGAUGAGCCAGUCCAUUGAUUUCCUCAAUAACGAACCGGAACACAGCCUUGGACUUCUUUUGGCGGAUCAAGGUUACGAUGUUUGGCUGAUAAAUUUGAGAGGAAAUACUCACUCAAGAAGGCACAUCACCUUGGACCCUGACGUGGAUAAAGCGAAAUUUUGGGAUUUUAGCUGGCAUGAAUCUGGUAUAUAUGAUCUACCUGCAACGAUUGAUCUAAUUUUGAAUACCACUGGCCAAUCGAAACUGUACUACUUUGGGCAUUCGAGAGGAACAACGGCAUUUUUCGUAAUGGCAUCUGAAUUACCAGAAUACAAUCAGAAAAUCCGAUUGAUGACUUCUUUGGCUCCUGUUACCUUCAUGGAGAACAAUUUGGACAAGGACAAAUGGCUUCUAGCAAAUUCCAUACUAGGAUUGCAAAUCACUGCCAAGGUAUUAAACCUCCACGAGCUGAUGUCCCACUCAGACACCCGACUGAAAAUUGUCAAAACUUGUUGCUAUGAAGGAUCUCCAUGCCUCAAGGAAUGUGAAUUGUACUUCGAAAAAAGUUUUGGUGAUUCUCCAACAGAAUUCAAUAUGACUCUUCUUCCUGUCUAUCUUUCUAAUUCUCCUUCAGGUUUUUCUGUGAAAGAUGGAUUUCACUAUCUGCAGCAGUUCAAAAAUGGAGGGCGCUUCCGGCAAUAUGACUAUGGAGUUUUGAAGAAUAAAAUUAAAUAUGGCCAGUCGACUCCUCCAGAAUAUAAUUUAACAAAUGUCGUAGCCCCAGUCGCGUUGCACUAUGCAAGAAAUGACCUCGCAACAGGAUACAAGGAUGUUGAACAUUUGGCUAGGGUUCUUCCAAAUUGUAUCAACUUGAGGAUGGUACCGCUAGAAAAAUUCUACCAUCUCAACUUUAUAUGGAGCAAUCAUGUCAAAACUUUGGUGUAUGAUGAGAUAUUCAAAGACUUGACGAAGUACUAGGAUAUGAUAGGAAUUUUCUUGAUAUCUUUAAUUUUCAUUUACUGGAAAGAGCAUUUGAGUAUAUUAUUGUACUCAUUAUUUUAAUCUACUUAUUUGUUAUGUUUUGAAUAAAACAAAGAAAUUCGA